CUGAGACAGGGGUACAUUCUAGACAGGUCUAUCUAACACAUCAUUCGCACAAUUCGCUUUGAAAUCUGUGAAGUUGGAGUUGUUUUAGAUGGUUAAAAUUUGCUCCAGUUCCUAUAUUUCUUUAUCAUUUUCAACAAUUACAUAUAAACUAGAACCAGUUUGUUUUACAGGAUCAAACCCGAACAUCUUACUGAAACGUAAGUCCUCCGAUGCUUCUGUCACUCCUACCUCCAGGCUGAUAAGUGUGCGACUCACGACCAAUGAUUUCCCUGAAAGUCUGUCCUGAAGAGUGAACUUUGACCGUGAGCGAUCCUCUGACUCAGCAGAACUGGGACCGUGUGGAUCGACGCUGCUACGCAAACACUAAGGAGUAACAACAACUCUGGGGGAAAAGUGUUCAAUGUCUCCUUUCUCUUAUUUCAGUUAUUUGAGACUUUCAUUUGAUAUGAAGGCCUUUGAAUAAACUGUUUACAGCUUCAAGACAUCGUGGAGGAGAUGAGGCAGAACAUGUUUCAGGAGGGGCUGUAUCACGUGUUUUUUAAGGACACACCCACAGCCCAGCCAUCGACCCAGGUCGACGACAACGGAGAGCUGAACAAUGUCAGGAUUCAUCGCUGGUUUGCGACGGUGGUCAAUACAAGACUUUUAGUCACUGGGGUGGUUCAAGUCCUCAGUGCAUUAGCUUGCACACUGGCCACAGUCAGCCAUGCAUGUGUGAGGUAUGACUGCGCUGUCUCCAUGGUAACUCCUGUGUGGCCAGGCUUAUCCUACAUUGCUGCUGGGUGCCUGGCCAUCGAGGUUCAGAGGAAAGCCAGUAUAUUAAAGAUCAUCUCCUUGAUCGGUCUGAAUCUUUUCAGUCUGCUCUUUGGGUUUACUGCUCUGCUGGCCAACAGUCUGCUGUCUGCAACACCUGCAGAACUCAGCACAUACCAGCAACAGACUGGCUCGUACGUGGCAGAGGCCAGCUCCAUAUUAUUUACUGUGGUGUGUUUUCUGGGGUCAGUUUACGUCAUCUUCCUGUCCUGGAGAGGCCUGCGUCGUUACAGCCGUCCCCAUAUUCAGGCUUACAACCGCAUCUCACAGGAUCCAGAAGACACCACGGGGUCUCUGCUGGAGCAAGAAGAGUUGAACCUGUAAAAGUCAAAGAGCUGGAAACUCCAUCUUCGGACCCUGUGCACCCAAAACAGAGUUACUGUUGUUGGCGAGCCACUGUAUGGACUGUUUGUGCAAUCCUGGUCUGAUGAUGAUGUAGCCACAUUGGCCACUGGACUGGCGACACAGUAUCAUUUCUGCUUUUGAAAUCUCAAAAGCACACCAUGUUCAUUUGCCUGGAAAUUAACACGUUUAGAGCCACAGAACACACUGAUUCCAGUAACCUCUUUUGAAAUCGAUGUCCAUAAUCCUUGUAGGAAACUGCAAUUUGCUAAUAAAGUUUAGAUUUUCAUAUUAUUUUCUUUUGAAAAUGUGAUCAUUUAACAAAUAUGACAUUUCAGAAUUCUUAUUAGCACGUUUUCUAAAUAUUUAACUGGUAUUAAGUGUGGAGGAAAAAAACAAUUGUAUUUAAUUUUCUUUCUCAAAGUGAAUUUCCUGUGUCGGACACUAGAGGGCAGCACUGCCACGCCCCUGGUGUGAACCUGGAACAGUUUCUUGUCAGCUUUACAACUUUUCCAGCACUUUGAAGACAACUUGUUCAGUUCCACCUACUGAAUACGAAAUCCGUGUCAGCCUUCACAGGUGUUUUAUAAUGGUCAGCAUGUGUAAAUAAACAUCAAAUUCUUCCAUGAAUAGAUAUUUUCAGAGAUCUGAAUGGAUUGUGGACAUCUUGCUCUAUCCUUAAACAUUUUUUCCUCAAACUUAGCUUAAGCACAAGAUACAAACACACUGUUCGUCAUUCAGAGAUUGCGUAUCUGUACUGUUAUGACAGAGGAGGCAGCAGAUAUGCUGAAGGGUGUGGUGUAUUUCUGUAAUGGAGAAUUGCUGU